AAUUAAAUAAGAGUCGUAAUGUUAAUACAUCUGAAACUUUAAAAAAUAUCGUAAUUAAAAUUAAGUAUAUUUAAUGGAUUAUAAAUUGCCAAGUGUUCUAUGGUCAUUUUGAUUAAAUGAUAUCUCUUUAGAAAAGUCUACCUCCAGAUCUAAUCUGGAGGAAGAUCCAAAAUAAGUUUCAGGAGCAUAUAUGUAAAUUUUGGGGUCACACACACAGAAAAGAAAGAAACAAUUAGAGAUGGUAAUCAAUGAAGAAGAAUAUGUCACUUAUGAACGGUUUUAUACACUUAAUAAACAAUGUACCAGUGAAUCAGGUGUGAUGGCGGCUUCUGGCAGUAGUUUGUUUUACGAUUUGGACAGUGUCGCUAAGAGAAAUUCUUACAGCUGCUUUAACGAAGACGUUGGUUUAUCGACGUUUAACAUAUUCAGGGCACUUAAUAGGAAAGGCGACGAGUGGCCAAGAGCACCUUCAGAGCCUGUACAUAUUGUUCAGGAAUGCACUACCAACAUUAGACCCAAAUUAAAUACAUGCGAUAAAAAUGAAGAAAAUUUAAAAAGGGUAAAAAGUGUUUUUCUCCGUGACUGUGUACUGUCAUCAGGAAUAUGUUUGAAAGAUAGUAUUGAAGACACUGAAAGUAGUAGUAACCUGAUUGGUCCUCAAAAUACACAUUCUAUAGAUAGUAAUACUGGAGUUGAAAAUUAUGUCUCAUAUCAGACCGGGAAUGUCAAACAUGAAGGUCAUAAAACAAACAAAAAGGAUCAUGGUCCUCAAAAUACAUAUUCUAUAGAUAGUAAUACUGGAGUUGAAAAUUAUGUCUCAUAUCAGACUGGGAAUGUCAAACAUGAAAGUCAUAAAACAAACAAAAAGGAUCGCGAAAAACGACUGAAAGAUUCAUGUCCUUGUGAUAUAGAUGAUCUCGGUUGUACAUGCAAAUACAAUGAUACAGCUACUGAGGCUAAAAAAAGCAAGUCUGUAGCUAAACAGAGAACAACUUCAACCUACAGAGAAGAAGUAAUAACAAAUAUGUCAACCAAGAAUACAACUCAUUUUGAAAUGGAGGACAAACUUACACGCAUGAGUGGCGAUGGAUUAGGCGAAAAAUAUACAGUAAACCUUUCAAAAAACGACACGUCUUGUAUUUUACUUUUGGAUGCAUACGAUAUUGCAAAAAUGAGUCAUAGUCAGAUAUCAAAUUCUCGCAAAAGUGGAGUCAGGCUUAUGAAAGUUGUAACAAAUAAAGUUAGAGUGAUCCCAAAAAAGGUACGGACUGUGAGGUGUCCCAACUGUCAUGGACAUGUAGAAUUGGCUGUCAGUACAGAAGAUGAAGCGAGUACAGGAGUUCAACCAAAAACGGAUCGUAAAUCGGAAACUGAGUUUACCUGCAUGGCUGCCUCAAAAGACAGAUAUCAUCCAAAAAUUGAAAUUACAAAAGAAUGUCCACAUGGCUGUGAAAUGGUACCACUUUGUCAAAUACUACCCAAAGUAAAUUUCGACGCGUCUAGUAUAAAGCAGAAUAUCCCCAAGAAAACGACGCCUCGCUUCAUUAAGAUGACUAAAGCCUGCAGACAUUAUCCUCCAUGCACUGUAGUCCCGUCAUGUCAAAGAAACAAUGUCAUAAAAGCCAAUUGUGAGAGCACCUCACCUUGCAGCCACCGCCCUCGGUGUGUUAAUCUACCCCUAUGCAUUCCAUUUUGUAAAAACCUGCAGUAUGACGAAACGACAAAACAUUACGUAGAAAACGAAGAUAAAACAGAGAAUUGCUACAUUCCUGCAUUUAAAUGUUUUCCUGUAAGUCAAUAUAAAUUACUACAACCACAUAUUAGAUCCCAAAAACCAAAUUCAUUUGAACCUCGAGCAUAUUACGUAAAUCAAACGCAUUUAUCUUGUCAAGUUCCGCCAUUAAAUACAAAGCAAUUUGACAUUGCCACUAAAUCUUGUCAAUAUGAUUAUCCAAAGCAUGAGCCUAAUGAUGCGGCUAAAGAGGAUGCAGCUGAUGCAAGCGUUAUAUAUAUUAGAGAUGUUGGAUGUCAAUUUAAAAACUCUUCCUUUACACCACCCCAUACGUCUUAUUUUCAAACACGAGUUUGUUAUACUUCUAGCGCUUCCUUUGAUCCUGGGAGCAAACGUUUGGACAAUAUAUAUACCAAUCCCAAAGCUUUUACAUGCCAGACAUUGACAACUGAUGCUAAAUCGAAAGCAAAAUGCAGGUCAUCGACGAGUAUAUCGCCGUCUUCCUCUAGAAUCACACCGUCGCAACGCGAUUCAUCUCACAAGCGAACCUCUAAGACACAUCAAGGGUCCAACACUGUAGCAUUCUGCAUGUUGCGAAACGGUGAAGGGGGGUACGUGGUCCCAGUCAAGCCCAAGGGAAAUGCUCUCAAAGGUAAAUGUAAGAAUAAAUUUACUAUUCAGCGUCGGCAAAUAUCUAAAGUCUUGUCCAACUUUUGGUGUAAAAAGCCAGUGUAAUUUUUAUUAAUGACAAUUGUAUGUCGGUGUUUAAACAUUUUGGAAAUAUUGUGUAGUAAAAUGAUAUACCUA